AGCCAGCCAGUCCGCCAGCCCUACCCGCUGCCGCCGCCGCCGCCGCCGCAGCACCGAGGACAGACGCGCUGCGGCGCGGGGUUCCGACCCGGGCGCGCGGGUCCCGGCUCCGGGCCGCGCCCGCGCGCGCAGAUGGAACGAGAAGGUCAGCGGAAAGUGUGUGGAGUUCAGGAUUCAGAAGACAAAGGAAUGGGCUCCGGUGGUGAGAACUUUGAGGACCCAGAAGAGGACCCAGAAGGAGAAAUGGGCCCAAAUGCACACACCACAGAUCAGACAGGCGGUUGCUCAGCGCAGGAGAUAGGCACCAGCUCUCAGGCUUCGAGGGAGAGCUCGGUAGAGAGGGCCCUGGAGUCUGGCCUCUGCACAGAGGGGCUGCUGAGAGAAGGGGCUGCGCCCCGUGCGCACGAGGAGAACCCACUAGCAGUGGCCGAGAUGACCCUGUUCCGCGGCCGCCCUGAGCCCGUCCACUCCCCCAGGAGCCCCCCGAAAGAGGAAGAGAGUCAGCCAGAGGAGGAAGGGGCGCCGCCGCCCCCCGCCGUGCUUCCCUGGAGGCGCCACCUGGCCCUGGGCAGCGGCCGGCCUCGGGGCGAGCGGCCCGUGCACCGCCGCUUCCGCCGGCUGCAUCCCCCUGUGGCCGUGGACCUGGGCGACCUGGACAGCCUGGUGGCCAGCCUCAUGGACGCGCCCACCAUCUGCCCGGACUGCGGCGAGAGCUUCAGCCCGGGCGCCGCCUUCCUGCAGCACCGGCGCAUCCACCGGCUGGCCGAGGCCGCCGCGGCCGCCGCGGCCGCCGGCCUGGAGCCCCUGGGCGGGACGGUGGGCGCCGUGGCGGGGGGCUUCGCGGCGGGGGCGGCGCUGGCCCGGCCGGCCCGCGACAAGCCGUUCCGCUGCGGCGAGUGCGGCAAGGGCUUCAGCCGCAACACCUACCUGACCAACCACCUGCGCCUGCACACGGGCGAGCGGCCCAACCUGUGCGCCGACUGCGGCAAGAGCUUCAGCUGGCGCGCCGACCUGCUCAAGCACCGGCGCCUGCACACGGGCGAGAAGCCCUACCCGUGCCCCGAGUGCGGCGAGGCCUUCAGCCUCAGCUCGCACCUGCUCAGCCACCGGCGCGCGCACGCCGCGGCCAGCGGCGCCGGACCCGCGGCGCUGCGGCCCUUCGCGUGCGGCGAGUGCGGCAAGGGCUUCGUGCGCCGCUCGCACCUGGCCAACCACCAGCGCAUCCACACGGGCGAGAAGCCGCACGGCUGCGGCGAGUGCGGCAAGCGCUUCAGCUGGCGCUCGGACCUGGUCAAGCACCAGCGCGUGCACACGGGCGAGAAGCCCUACAUGUGCUCUGAGUGCGGCGAGACCUUCAGCGUCAGCUCGCACCUCUUCACGCACAAGCGCACUCACUCGGGCGAGCGGCCCUACGUGUGCCGCGAGUGCGGCAAGGGCUUUGGCCGCAACUCGCACCUGGUCAACCACCUGCGCGUGCACACGGGCGAGAAGCCCUUCCGCUGCGGCCAGUGCGACAAGCGCUUCAGCGACUUCUCCACGCUCACGCAGCACCAGCGCACGCACACGGGCGAGAAGCCCUACACCUGCAUCGAGUGCGGCAAGAGCUUCAUCCAGAGCUCGCACCUCAUCCGCCACCGCCGCAUCCACACGGGCAACAAGCCGCACAAGUGCGCGGGCUGCGGCAAGGGUUUCCGCUACAAGACGCACCUCGCGCAGCACCAGAAGCUGCACCUGUGCUAGGGCCGUUCCGUGCCCGAGCCGGGGCACCUGGCAUGGCCGUCGCCUUAGGAAGCAGCGGGCAGGAGCGAAAGGAACAAUUGCAAAGGACUGUCGAGCCUUUCAAUGGUGGUGGUGGUGGUGAGGGGGUGGCCUCAAGGGGAGGGUCUAGCAGGAGCUGUUCAUUUGGGGCGCUGCCUUUGACCUGGCUCUCUCCCCCAUCCCCCAGCUGAGAAAUGUUUGGGACAUUGCAUGAGCUGGUGACUUAAUUGAAUUCCACACCGCCCCCACGAAGAUCACGGAGGAGCAAGAGUCUGGAGGAAAGGGAGUUUGAGGGGUGGGAAGGACCGGGAAGGUCAAUAAUCAAGUAAGCGGGACUGCCUGGUCUGUCUGGGAUGCCAUCCCAGGAGACAGUGUGGCAGGAGUGCUGCUGGGUGCAGCAAAAGUCAGGGCCCAGUCUCCCUGUUUGGAGCCUGGCUGCUAGUGUUGAGCCAGUGGCCGACCCCACAUACCCACAGAAGUAGGGGGACUUUGUCAAGGUGUUGAAUAGCUCUUCCCUCUCUCUCAGAUGCAGCUGCUAGUUUGGAGACUCCAGGACUAACUGGGCAGGCAAACUCUAACCCUCGUUUUCAGAGUGACACAUCUUGAGGUUUGGAAAUUUACUCAUAACUGGUUCUCUUAGGGAAUUCUGGUCCUGGGUGUUGGCUCUUUCCUUUAAAAUACUCCAGCUUCAUGCUGUGUGAAGGUGACUUCAUAGAAGACCAGCUCCAGCACCUGGUGGGUACUGGCCCAGGAUUUCCUGGUUGUCUCACCUAAAUGCAAGGAGCUGUGGUGACCCACCUGUGUCUGGCUCCCCUUUCUCCAGCCUGGUGCACUUUCCCAACUGAACCCCAACAGUUGCCCUGGCGAGCUGCACCAUAAGGCUUGGGGGUUUGCUGGCCAUGUGUGAGAAGUCCAAGAACGCCAGUCAGUGUUCACACACUGGGGAACAGUUCUCCUUUGUCUCACUUCCGUUCACCUUCUCUCCGUGUACUCUUCCCCAUUCGUAGUCAUGGAGAGACCGUUGAGUCUCCAGCCCCAUCCCUGUCAGUAAUAGCUCUGGUCUGAGUAGAAAUCUCUUUUCCUACAUGGGGAGGCACCUCAGAGUUCCCAAUGCUUUUCACACAGAGAGGGCGCCAGUCAGGAGAGGUGGAAAUACAGUUUGCCAAAAUAGCACAAGCAAUGAAUGUCUCUGGUUGUACAAAUGCCAAACAGCACUUUUAUAUUUGCAAAGUGCUUUAUGUGUUUGAAGGAUUCCUCAUUGUUCCUUACAUCUCUGUAAGGCAGAUCAGUGUUAUGUGUCUCCCCUGUCUUAGGGAAGGCUCAGGGGGACAAGAGUGCUGCAGGCUGUUCUGAAGUGAUGGAUUGUCUGACCUUUUGUGCCCUCCAGCUCAGCUGCUAGGAAGACUUACCUGUUGUGUUUUAUAGGAUAAGAUUUGGACACUGGAAAUGUUUAUGCUUGAUAGAAAGUUUAAGACUAGUCAGAGGGCCAAAGAUGUCCUUGCUGACAAAGCUGGUCUUUGUCAUGUAAUUCUACUGUUGGCUAGAGAGAUGUUCUAUUUCUAGUUGGGGGCUGUAGUUAGAGGACCCUUGUAUAGACUCAGUGACUUGUGCCCAGAAUCCCUCUUAGGGUAGCCUUUAGAAGUUAGAGUUGUGGGGAUCGGGAUUGUUUUCACUGGUGAGUGUUAUCUUCUGUUUUCUGUGGAAGCCUCUUCACAAACCUUUGGACACACUUGAAGAGAAAAAACAAAGAAAUCAACUACCACAAAACCACAACGAUUAGCCAAUUUUUCUGUGGAUCCUGGUAAUUUAUACUUGAUCAUUGUAGCAAAAAAAUCCCUUUUGAGGACUUAGGGGGAAAGCAUGUUUUUGUCAUUAUAAAAACACUUCAGAUUUGGAGAAUUCCAGGCGUGUAUGAUGCCUGUUGCUCUUGCCCUUUUGUUUAGUUUCUUGUUAUUGACCAAUGCAUAUAGAUUUUCAAAUACAGUUUUAGAAGACACUGA